AUGUGUUCCUAUUUACUACAAAUUAUUAUUUUAACUUUCGUGGUAUUUGUACAAAUUCAAGCGAAUGAUACAAGUACAUCACCUAAUCAUAGUGGGUACACAUCGAUAUCAGAUUCUACUGCUUCAUCGGCUAUGAUAGAAACGUCCAGAUCGACAUCAUACUUAUCUUCUAUUGAAACAUCCACAUCUUUAGCAACGAAUCCAUCGAUAUCAACAAUGACCGAUACUACACUUACAAAUUCUUACAUUUCGUCAACAUAUAUAUCCUCAGCAACUUCAAUUUCCUCGCAUGAACAUUCUUCGUCAUCAUCUACAUCAACAACAUCACCUAAUACAAGUCCUACAUCUACUACUACUCCAAUGGCGAUCAGUGUCAAGUUAAUGUUUAAAUUUACUCUCAAUAGUUCAUCCCCUUUAAAAAUAGGAAAUUUUACUAAUUCUACAAUUUUAAAUAGUGUGCACAAUAUGGUUAAAUCUUCAUUUAAUUUAUCAAAUUUUAUAAUCGAUAUUAAACGUAUUGAAAUAAGAUCUCAGGCAAAAAGUACCUUUUAUGAAUACGAUAUGAUUACGGAUAAUUUAUUUGAAAGUCUACGAAAAGAUUGUGAUCUUAUAUGUAUAAAAAAUAGUGCAGUAUUAUCAUCAGUACCGUUUCAAUUACAAGAUAUAAAUGGUUCUUUGGUAAAUGUAAUAGCUAAAUCAGGUCCAAUAUUAAUCGAAGAUAUGUCAAAUACAACACCAAUACCAAUACCAAUAAAUUAUAAAAAAGGUGAUUCACCACCAGGAUUACCUGCAAAAUUAGGUAUGGGUUUUGGUAUAACUAUAAUUAGUGUGCUACUAAUUGUUGAAAUAAUCUUUUUAUAUCGAAAAUUUGGAUUAAAUAAUUCAUCACGUGAAGCAAAUUAUGAAAUGCCUGGCUAUAAUCAUUAA